AUGAAGAAACCCUUCGUAGCCAAAGUUAAAUGGAUCGUCGUAUGCAUAUUGUUAUGUUACCUAUACCAAGUCGAAUCAUUACGCGAUAUUCGCGAUUUAGCACCAAGAAAUCAUACCUGCGAUAUCGCGGUUAUGCAGGCUAAAUAUAUUAGAUUUGAAGCUGUACCUUGUGCUGUAUGUGGUACAGCUAUAGCGCUGGCAUUCUUAUUGGCCAUAUUUGGUUAUCGUUAUUAUAAAGCAGGAAUGUUUCUAAUUGCUUUUACGCCUGCUUCCAUCGCAGCUUUUGCGAUUUCUUUGAGUGUUUCAACAUUACGAAUUGAAUACUGUGCCAUGAUUGCAUUUGGUUCUGGCAUUGUCAUAGGCUUAUUAAUUGCGUUCUUACCUCAGCUAGGCCUUUUUGUUAACGGUUUCGUUUUAGGAGCCAUUAUUGGUGGUUGUGCAUUAAUAGGAGUCACAGAGUUACUACCAUCAUAUUCAUUUUGGAUUCCAAUUGGAACCGUGUCAGUCACUGGUUUAAUUGGUGCUGGUCUCAGCCUUAAAUGGCAAAAAGUUUGCAUGAUUUUGGCGUCAGCAGCAGUAGCUGGAGCAGCUGCUACCGCUGGAGCGGAUUACUUUGUUGAUAACUUUACACUUAUCAUUAACGCUUGGGAAAGGAUUGCCUUUGGAAGGGUCAUACCGCUGUGUUGGUAUUCGUGGGCAACAUUAGGCUUGCUACCUGCAUUCCUCAUUCUUGGAAGCGUUAUUCAACUUCUAUGCACUGGGCGCGACUUUGAACAUGACAUUAGCGGAGUUCAUGUCAGGAUUAAUAGAAAAAGCUCAACAUAUAAACCUAAAAAAUAUCAACAUACUCCAAAAGAACCAAAACUUAGGUCGUCCAAUAAUAAUCAUCAUCAUAAUGGACAUCAUCACUCUAAUAAUGCGCAUCGCUCUUCCAAUAAUGGGAAUCGCUCUUCUCAUAACGGAAAUCGUUCCUCCAACCAUGAGCAUCGCUCAUCGCGUGACGAUAACCGUAAUAAUCGCCAUUCUGGUCAUCAGAAACGACAUCAUCGUAGCAAUGGGCACGCGCGUGCUGAAGGAGAAGUACAUGUCAAGGAGAGCGUUAUAAAUCCUGUUUAUGAAGAUACAGCUGCUAUAAAUACAGCAGUUAUGAAUAUGACAUAUUUCAAACAUCCCCAAGAAUUACCCAUUAAAAAAGCCAAGCGGCAGCAAUAGAAAUUUAUAUUGUACAAAAUCCUAUUGUCCGCCGAUGGCUUUUCGUUUUGGCUCCAUUGCGUCAUGUUUUGAAUAAUAGGGUUUUUGUACUAUAGUACGAAGCCAAUAUUAAUAGCAAAUAUUGUUUAUCUUAUCAUACAUGAAUCAAUCAUGUAGAAACGUAUUAGUACCAACUCGCUUUUUAACUUGGCCAAUAAAACUCAAGUAUACGUCUAUACGUAGUAUAUUACUGUAGUUAGUAAAAUACUAGAUAUAGCGAUCUUAAUAUAAAAUAAACCAUUAGCAGAUCAUAAAAAAUAAUAAUCGAUAUCCAAUACUAUCCUGGAUGCAUAACUAAAUUUGGUUGCUGCUGCUGUAACAUGCACUUAUACACCAAGGUCUAAUAAUUAAUAAGUAUGUUCCAUAGCUUGUAAAAAACUAGUACAAGUAUAAGAUACUACUAUUGAUUACUUGCUUUUAUCAAUGUUGUAUUCGUACAACUCGUCAGCACCUUGCUUGUAUAAUGUAUACCGGAUGUUGUAUCUUGGUUGGCAAUGUAAAGACUGAUUCUCCACGAUGAGUCUAAAACUCAUUUUGGCACCUUGAAUUCAAAUUAUGAUGAUUUAAUUUUAUUUUUAAUCAUUAAAUAUUAAUAGAACUACCUUUUUGAGCAUUGGUGACUACAUAUGAACAUUAGAAGUUGGACUUUUUUCUGAUAUCUAUAUGUUAUUCUGUAUCUAUAGCGCUGUCUGUUAUAAAACAGUUAAAUUUCUUCUAUGAGUGUAAUGAAUAUAAACCAAUAUAUCUAUAUAUCGAACAAUGUCAUGCAUCUUUAAAUUUCUACUCUCAUUAAGAAUAUUUCUAUACGACUUUUUAAAAUACGUACAAUGCCAUAUCCUUGAUUAAAAUCAAGCAAAAUAAAGCUAAUGCUAUUACUGAAU